AUGAACCAAGGGUGUGAUGAACCAAGGAACGACUAUACCACCGUCGAGCAGUUGCUCAAGCGGCCAGGCGCCAUCAAAGACGCUCUACUCGUCAAGGAGGGGCUCGAGUUUCGGCGGGAACUCUUCGAAACCGAGUGCGAGAAAAUCCGAGACGCAGGCCGUCUGCUUGAGCAACAAAUGGACAAAGCGUUGGCACAGGCAACCUUCCACGACGCACACAUUGACCUGAAAAGACCCUCGCCUACCGCCCAGCCCUUCGUGCAACUAGUAAAGCACCAGGAUGCUACGAUCCAGUAA